UCAUCGUGUGUAAUCCAAAGAUAUAACUCUAAUUAUCUCGAAAUCCCGAUUGAUUAAUGCCCAACGCCGCACAAUGGUAUAGAACGGUUGUCAGACAGUUUAUUACACAAUACAACUUUCUUCGACAAGUGACGUAAUAGCCCGGCAGUAGACGCGCCGAUUUUUCGCGGUGUGGAAGAGGGAAAAGGAGAGUAGGCAAGGCUGGACCGGUAAAAGUCCACCGGGGGUCCCUCUGGUCAUCUAGGCGAUGGGGAUAACCCCUCCACCAUCGUCGGCCGUGGGUCGUGCUUGCAACAGUGGUGCUCCAAACUCGCCCGUUUGCACCCCACUUCGAGCACCUGUUCGGCGGACGACGCAGGUGGAAAGCACCGGUAUACUCUAAAGCGAAGCGACUGAUUGUCCAGUCCAUAGAAAACGACGUAUCACGCAAGAUCGGUCAGCUGCGAAGUAAAUUUCGUAGACUAUCGCAGGAGAGAAUAUUGCGUCUUUUCCCUCCUCUUCCUCUUCUUCUCGAGUACUCGAAUACCGGUCAGUGCAGCUCGGGGUGAUCACACCUCUCGUCUCGCUCUCACCGCUCUCUCAGCGAGAAAAUCGGCGGCUGCUGUAUCGCAAGACGUCCCGCAGAUCGUCGUUUGAAGUUCUACCUCUCGUUAAGCUCGUUGCUCAACCAACGGGGAAGCUUCGAUUACACUUCCUGUGACGGUCGGCGCGUCGCCGAGGCUCGCAAAAUCGAGGAGCGAGGACCACGAGGAGGAUCAGCCGCGACUUCAGGCUCGGAUGCAGACGGUUGUCGACGAUCUAUGAUGAAUUAGUGGCUCUCGUCGACGUGUAACAAACGAGGCAAAUUCGAAAGGUGACUUCCCGAUGAACGCUAACGUGUCGUUGACGGCCGACAGGAUGUCCAACAUCUACAACAACUCCGUCGUGCGAUUUUAUCACCAUGUGUUCCACGAUCUGUCUGAUCCCCGGACGAGAGAUUGGUUUCUCAUACCGUCGCCUGUGCCGGGAGCUAGCAUCAUAAUCGGAUAUCUCUACUUCGUGCUGUCGUGGGGUCCGAGACAUAUGGAACACCGGAAGCCGUACCAAUUAAAAAACGUCCUAGUGUUCUACAACUUCAUGCAAGUUCUCAUCAGUACCUGGCUGUUUUGGGAAGGCGUGGACGGUGUGUGGUUCAACAACUACAGCUGGAAGUGCGAGCCGGUGGACUUCUCGUACUCGCCGCACGCCUUGAGAGUCGCGAGAGGAGUUUACUUCUAUUUCCUGGCGAAACUGACGGAGCUGCUCGAUACGGUGUUCUUCGUGUUGCGUAAAAAGGAAAGGCAAAUCACGUUUCUCCACAUGUACCAUCAUACCGUGAUGCCCAUGGUAUCAUGGGGCGCUACGAAAUAUUACCCCGGAGGUCACGGUAUCUUUAUAGGAAUCAUCAACAGUUUUGUGCACAUCAUCAUGUACUCUUAUUAUUUGCUGGCGGCGCUACUACCUCAGUAUCAACAAUACCUCUGGUGGAAGAAGUACAUCACCACUCUGCAAAUGGGUCAAUUCUGCCUGGCCUUCCUGCACAAUUUGCAACUGCUGUUCUACGACUGCGAUUACCCGAAAUGGUCGUUGAUCUUGGUCCUGCCGAACGCGAUGUUUUUCUACUUCCUUUUCGCGGACUUCUACAGUCACGCUUACACCACCAAGAAGGGUGAUGACGCGUCACCGAGCCAAAACUCGAGCAGCAGCAAAGCGGCCGACCUCGCGGAGAAAGUGAGCAACAACGGUGGGAUACCGAACGGAAAAGGGAAAAGCGACUAAUCGGCAGCAACCGAGAAAGGAGACGCGAUCGCAAUGAAAGGCGACACGGCCGCUAUCAUUACUAACACUAAAUCGCACUGCGUUUUUAUUACAAUUUCUCAUUCCGUCUCUAUCGAUAUCAGAAACACGGAACGCUCGCUUCCGGGGUCGACGCACACGCAGAGUAAACAGCGACCUGGAUAAAAAGGAAAAAGAAACAAGAGAGAGAGAGAGAGAGAGAGAGAGAGAGAGAGAGAGAGAGAGAGAGAGAGAAAGAGAGAAAAACCGGUACAGAGAGUCGCGGAAAACGAACGUAUUUAACAUGAUUCCUCAUCUUCCAGUUUUUUACAGGAACGCAAGCGACCCGUUUAUUGCGCGUCCUUAAGGAACAACCGCGCGAGGUCACGCCGAACGACCGAGCUGUUCUUGAGAAUCGACACGCGGGAUUUCCAAGCAUAUAUUAGCACUAGGAUUGCCAGAUGCGAAAUGACUAUUUUUAGGACAUUUUUUAAGCGACGACUGAAAAAUAGAUUGUUAGAGAAUUUCAGUUAAAUUUGAGAGAUAGAGGAGUAAGACGGCUAAGAGGCGCCGCUGUGUACUCGCAACAAACAAAUACAUGAAUUCAGUACCAGUAGUGCGAUGCUAUAACUCGUUAUUGGAGUUAACGACACUUUCGUUAUCGUUGCACAGCUUUUGUAUACCGUGGAAAAGCUGCGCAACGAUAAUGAAACUGUCGUUAUUUUUAACUCCAAUAACGAGUUAAAAAUUCACACUACAGCAGACAGAAGUUUGGACAUGAACCGCGCGAUUGUAUUUUUUACCACGCGAAUGGCUUAGUUGACAUCAAUAUUCUUAGGUGGCACGUCGAAAAAUUUAAUCUUAUAAAUCGCGGUAACCGCUCUCAGGUUUCUCUUUGGUGCCAGUUAAAAACAUGAAUGUUGUUAUAAUUAUGAUUUUGUUGAAAUUCUGAUUUUCCGGGACAGAAGACUUAAAUUUCACGGGACAAGCUUAAGAAUUCCGGGACAUUCCCGGAAAUCUCGGCCAUCUGGCAACCCUAAUUAGCGCUGAUACAAUUAGCCGCUUCCACGAUCCGCUUCCAUACGGACUGAUUCACUUUUCGUCUCAUCCUUUUUUGAUAUACAUGCGCGAAGAGAACGACAUUCUACUCUAUUUAUAUCUCUUGUGUCUUUGUCGCAUAUUACAGUCCCUGUAUCUAAUCGCGAGAGGGAGUACACAAUGAGCAUAAUCAUCUAUACCUGUAGCGAUAUUCCUAAAAAGGACAGAUAUGCAUCGUAAUGUACGUCUUAAGCACAUCACACGAAGCUCGUGCUCGCGUCGCGUCCGUGGAAGCCGAAGCUCUUUACAACGAAGAACGCCCGCCUUGUUGUGCGCAGCCACGCGCGAGGAGCAGCCGAAAGGCUUCCAUGGAGCUCGUUUCACUGAAACGUCACGUUCCUCGGGGAGGAUCAGCGCCGGGACAGCGAUUUUUUAAGGUUAAGCCUUUGACCACGGAUGGCAGCCCUUGUAAGAGUUCGGCGAAGGUGCUCAACUUCGUUAUGUGUUAUCGCAUGAUCACAGGGGGGGGGGGUUGGCUGAAUUAAAACGCGCUAUUGUGGACGCGUUCUAGUCCAAGAGAACGGAAUUCCUGGCCCUCAACGUCGAAUUCGCCACGAAAUCCAAGUAUGUUCUUUUUACGCGCAUAAGUGUGUGACUGGCUGAAGAUUCUUUUCUACGUCCCGAGUAGAAAAAUUAGUAGGGCUCUAGUAAAGGCCUGAUCAUUUUUCUCUAACGGUAAUCGGGCUCUAGUAGGGAUAGAAAGACAAGGCCCUAUAAGAUGUGUAACAAAUGGUUUUACAGGUCCUUAUAAAGCAAUAUUAUAAGGACCUCGUAAGGCAAUAUCAACAAGGCCUUAUAAAGCGAUAUUAAUAGGACCUUAUAAGGAAAUAUU